UCUCCUGGAGCAGAGUGGCAGGGUCAGGGGGCUGGGUUCCCAAGGAGCAGGGAUGCAGAACAGAACUGGCCUAAUUCUCUGUGUUCUCACCCUCCUGCUGGGCUUCCUGAUGGUCUGCCUGGGGGCUGCCUUCCUUUCCUCUGUCUCCGUAUGGAACUGUCGGGGCAGCCUCAUCGUGGCCUAUGUGCUUCUAUCUCUGGGGUUUGUGAUCCUUCUGAGUGGAAUUUUCUGGAGCACCUACUGCCAGGCGAGUGAAAGCAAAAGGGUGUUCAGCCAUGCGCUCAGACAACACCUUGCUCAGGGGGCCCUGUCCCUGGCCACGGUGGACAGGCCAGACUUUUAUCCUCCAGCUUAUGAAGAGAGUCUUGGUGCAGAGAAACAGACCUGCCCUGCAGAAGGAGAGGCCUCUGACAUUCCUCCCCCUCCAUAUACAGAGACGGGCCUGGAAUUCCAGGAUGAAAAUGAAGCCCAGCCAGAGGCCCCGCCAUCCUACGCAGAGUCCACAGCUAACCUGGCAGCUGCAGUGACAUCAGAGGAUGCUGAGAGGCAAAGCCGAGAGUGCCGAAGCCCGGAGAGCUCUCCAGCACUCGUGGCGCACCCCAUGGGAACCGGCUGCUAAUCACAAAGGCAGGCAAGGGACUGUGGGAGGAAAAGCCACAUCAGGGACCCUGCAGAAGAGCUCGUGGAGGGGCUGCUGUGUGUGACAGCCGCACAAUUCCACAGACUUGCUCAGCCACGCAAGGCCAGGGUGGGGGCCCUGGAGGGUGUGGCCACUCCAAGCAGACAUUUCAGGGGACUCCGGCUAAUCCCAACCCAGCCAAGCAUCAGGACUGCUGUGAGAGCCUUUCUGCUCUCGUUCAACUCCCUUCCUAUUGCCCCAGACAGGGAGGAAUAGAUGCUGCUUGCCAGGACAGCCACGUGCCUUCGUGCACUGCGUUACCUAAUAGUCACAGAGACAGUUUGUUGUUUCCUAUGUAGGUUGCUCAGCAAUUCUUUAGCUGGUUUUAUAGUUGCCCCUUCUGACCGCACUACCAGAGUGACACAGUACUUCACAUCGUGGAAGAUAUGCCCUUGGAACUCAUCAAUGUUAUUUUUUGUAUUAUUUUAUUUUAAUUAUGUGUAUUUUUUUCUAUGUGAAAGCAAAGUGAUUAUAAUAUUCACUCUCAAAAUGGUUCAAACACAAGAUGUUAAAUGAGCUAUUUUUUAAGAGAGGUUCUCAUAGGAACAGAUAUGAUGUCUUACAGAUGCACAUUGAAUAGAUAGAACACAUAAUUCAUAAUACACAGAAUUCAGAGGGGAAAAGAAUUUGUACUAGCCUUAGAUGGCAUUAAUGUACAAUUUGAUAUAAAUCUUGUAAAGUUUUAAAAAUAUUUAUAUGUAAUUCAAGGACUGUCCCUGUAAAUCUCUAGAAUUUGAAAGACAGGAGACUAUAAUGAUGUACUUUCUUCAUUAACAGGAAAUUCUUUAUGUCUCAAGAUACAGAUCUUGACUUUUAGACUCGGGACAUUUAUUUUAAAACCCAGUGAUUCCUCCUUAGCUUUGUUAUAUUUUGUUGUAUUAAUAUGUUUAAUACAAGAAGACAAGUCAGGUGGCAGGGUGGUGGAAAGAGAUGCAGCCUGCUGCUUCUGCACUUGGACAAGAAUCUUCCUCGCUCUGGGCCUCAGUUUCCUCCUGUCAAGUGAGGCAUUUGUGCUGGGGUUAACAUCGAACAGUUAUGGAAUGCCUUUUGUUAAUAUAUGGAGGCUCUGUGCUGUGAACUUUUCAUUCGUGUUCUUUAGCCCUCAUGCACAUUCAAUCUUUAAGAAGAGAGGUGCUAUGAUUAUUCCCAUUUUACAGAUGCAUAAAACUGAGACUUUGAGAAGUUAAAAAACUUGUCCAAUAAAAUAACAUGCAGUGCCUCCCAGGAGGGUGAAGAAGGGUCCCUAGAGAGACCUGGGAGGACCUAUUUAUUUCAUAUUUUUAUGCUAAGCUAGCCCUGUCUCACUUCCCUCCUUCCAGGAAGCAAUGUGGAUUUCUCUUUCUUUUCAGAAAAUGAGCUCUAACAGAAAAUGGAGCCCCAAAGUUGCUGUAAUAUCUUAAAACCCUUGGAGCAACAGAGGUGGUUGCUUUAGCAUUUAAUUGUUUAAAGUGUAAAUAAGCCCUCCAUGUUUUCUGCUAGGAGCUGGGCCCUCACUUCAUGGUAUAGUUUCUCUUCAACUGAUCAUUAUACAGAUGGUAAGUAUGAUUCCUAACGGAUGACAGGCCCUUGAUGAAUGGACACAGGAAGGGCUUUGGACAGUCGCAGGGAUGGAUGUGGCUUCAAGGGGGAAGGGGGUGAAAAAAAUGGGAUGGGGCCCCCUCCUUGGCCUCCUCUUCCCCAUCAUUGCUGAGUGUGCAGAUUAAGUAUAUUCUGACAAAUACACAAGAAGCCAUGUGAAAGGAAAUGCUGAUCCACAAAGCAUGAAUUUGGGAAUCUGUGAUUUGAAUCCUUGACAUCAAGGAUGUGAGUGGAUAUGAAGUCCACUCACAGUUGUCCAGGUAGGAAGUGAUCAUUUAAUUACUAAUGCAAUAUAUCAUCCCUUUCUUGUCAUCUCUUUCCAUCCCUCUCCUAAGACAGUUACCCUGAAAUUUUCCCCGGUGGUCUGAGCACAUUCACUGAUCUGAACAAGCAAUAUCAUUAGGCUUUCUUCCAGAGUUUGUAUUAGUAAUAGAUAGUUUUUCCAACUACUAUUAAAGGUAGUCAGGUAAAACAAAUGUUAAUUUUGGUUUACAUAAGAAAUGGUUUUAAUCUCUUUACUGUAAUAAAUUUUGUACUUAAACUUUC